UGACAAUAAAAGCCGUUUAUUUUAUUAAGCUUGAUGAACAAAAGGCCUAAUGGCGUGGAUUUUAAUAUCAAAGCCAUCUCGCGAAAUGCUCAUUCGUCGAAGGCUAAGCAAUCAUUAGAAUGCAUGUGUGACAUAUGCUUAGCAUUGUAGAUGCGUUUUAAUUAAGACCAAAAAAAACAAGUUUAGACUUUUUACAGUUGUUGCUUCUUAAAUUAGACCACGCCCACGGGUUGGUCGUGGGGGAGGGGGGUGCUACCAAGGUCAUUGGCAAAUUCACCUUCAGCUGUGCGUAAUUGUGCAGCGGCAGCCAAUGAGCGACGAGGCCAACGAUCUCCACCGCUGGCAAAACGUGUGCAGACCAGCCCCGAGCGCACAUUCAAUCUCUCAGGCCCAGGCCGGAGCUGGUACGCCUAGAGUCGGCCUUCAUGGACUAGUUCGUAGCCUCCUUUCGGCGGUUAUGUAGGCCGGGUUGUCCACCAACUCCCAUGGACUUUUGCUUUGACUAAGACUUUUUUUUGUGUCCUCCUCAUUAAGGUAAGUUUAACUGCCAAGAUGUCCGAAAGACCCCACAGCCCAAGCUCGGAGUGUCAAAGCCGCCCGUAUGACUUCAGCCGGGCAUGCACGCAGAUUUUGGGCCAAGAGGGCCUCGGGGGUUCGUCCUUUCACCAGCUCCCCCUGCCAGAAGCGGGUGUGCUGUACAAGCAGGCUCCCUAUGGGGGCCUGCCGUCGGCCGCCUCGCAGAGCUUCUUCCCCUUCCCGUCGGUGGCUACCGGCGACUACCGGGCCUCCGAGCUCCAGGUCGGGGAUUUCGGCCAGCCCAAGCAUUGGUAUCCGUUCGCCGCGCCAGAGUACACCGGACAGGUACCCGGUGUAACCGCAGCCACGCAGCCCAUCAACUUGAGCCCCCCCAUAGCCGAAACCCGGGAGCAAAUCAAGCUCUCCGAUAUCAAGACGGAGAAAGACACCGGGGACGACUACUCGAGCGAGGUGAAGGUCCAGCAGUAUCCGCCGGCAUCCGCCGCCAUGCAUCAAGGAGUCCUCUACUCGAGUCCCUGGAUCCCGUCCUUCUGGCCCGGUAUCAGCCACCUCACGCCGCCCGGCAGCGGAGGAAGCAGCAACCAGAAUCCGUCAACGUCUUCUACGUCGUCGCCAUCCAUGUCCCCGUCGCCACCCAGCAACGGCGUGCCGGCGAACGCCUUCUUCGGCGUCACGCCCGGCCAAGGUGCCCCCGGGCCUCAGGGCCAGAACCCGGCCUCGUCAACGAGGAGCAGCGGCUCGUCCAGCGGCGGUUGUAGUGAUUCGGAAGAGGAAAACCUUUCCACUGAAGAAUUGGAGCAGUUUGCCAAAGAACUGAAACACAAGCGCAUCACUUUGGGUUUCACUCAGGCUGAUGUUGGCCUCGCGUUGGGCAACCUGUAUGGUAAGAUGUUUAGCCAGACAACCAUUUGCCGCUUCGAAGCCCUCCAGUUGAGCUUCAAGAACAUGUGCAAGCUGAAGCCCCUCCUCCAGAGAUGGCUGAACGAGGCCGAAACGUCGGAAAAUCCCCAGGAUAUGUACAAGAUCGAGCGGGUAUUUGUGGACACCCGGAAGAGGAAGAGGAGGACCAGCCUGGAGGGAGCUGUCCGCUCAGCUCUGGAGUCUUACUUUGUCAAGUGUCCCAAACCCAACACUCAAGAGAUCACGCACAUCUCUGACGAUUUGGGCCUGGAGAGAGACGUGGUCCGAGUGUGGUUCUGUAACCGGAGACAGAAGGGCAAGCGCCUGGCUCUGCCUCUAGACGAAGAAGUCGACGGGCAGUUCUAUGAGCCGAGCCCCUCGCCCCUCAACAUGGCCACCUCCCCCAUCCCCAGCCAAGGCUACCCUCCACCGUCCAGCUACCCGGGAGCCCCGCCGCCUACGCUUUACAUGCAGUCGCUUCAUCGGCCCGACGUCCUGAAGCAAGCGCUGCACCCUGGACUGCUCGGUCACCUGACUGGAUAA